CUCUUCUCGCCGGGCUGCCGAGCGGGCAGCAGCAGGAGCGGCAGGAGCAAGAGUGCGAGUACCCCCCGGACCCUCUUCUCCCCGGGCAGAGAGGGGCCGCACCUUCCCGCAAGGCAGUAACAUAAACACCUGUCAUACAAGAGUUAAGAACAGGAGGAAAAGCAAAGAGAGAGACCAACUUCCUUAGAAGUUAUUUGUUCAAAGGUUUCUUGUCUAUACCUACAUAACUACUGCAAGCUAUCUAGUCUUACGAAGUUGAACUUCAUUCUUCAAGUGUGAUUUACUCAGUACAGCCCAAAAUCAUGAUGAAAAAGAUGAGCAUACCUACAAGCAAAACUUCGCUGGUCCUCUUUCUGUGCCAAAUUAUUUCUGCACUGGAUGUACCUCUUGACUCAAAACUUCUAGAAGAAUUGUCACAACCUCCUACGAUAACUCAGCAAUCUCCAAAAGAUUACAUUGUUGACCCUCGAGAGAAUAUUGUAAUACAGUGUGAAGCCAAAGGAAAGCCACCUCCUAGCUUCUCCUGGACACGGAAUGGAACUCAUUUUGAUAUAGAUAAAGAUGCACAGGUAACAAUGAAACCAAAUUCAGGGACUCUUGUCAUAAAUAUUAUGAAUGGUGGGAAAGCAGAAGCAUAUGAGGGAGUUUACCAAUGUACAGCAAGGAAUGAACGAGGAGCAGCCAUUUCCAACAAUAUCGUUAUAAGGCCUUCUAGAUCGCCUUUGUGGACAAAAGAAAAGCUGGAACCAAAUCAUGUUCGCGAAGGUGAUUCACUAGUACUGCACUGCAGACCUCCUGUUGGCUUGCCACCACCUAUCAUAUUUUGGAUGGAUAAUGCUUUCCAAAGGCUGCCUCAAAGUGAAAGAGUUUCCCAAGGUCUAAAUGGAGAUCUUUAUUUUUCUAAUGUACAACCAGAAGACACCCGGGAGGACUAUAUCUGCUACGCAAGAUUUAAUCACACGCAAACUAUACAGCAGAAACAACCCAUAUCUGUGAAGGUCUUUUCAACAAAGCCAGUUACAGAAAGGCAGCCAGUUCUUCUAACACCAACAGGUAGCACAAGUACCAAAGUGGAACUCAGAGGAAAUGUGCUUUUGUUGGAGUGCAUCGCAGCAGGAUUACCCACACCAGUAAUCCGCUGGAUCAAGGAGGGUGGGGAACUGCCAGCCAACAGAACAUUUUUUGAAAACUUUAAGAAAACUCUCAAGAUUAUAGAUGUUUCAGAAGCUGACUCUGGGAACUACAAAUGUAUAGCAAGAAAUACUUUAGGUUCAGUUCAUCAUGUCAUUUCAGUAACUGUGAAAGCUGCUCCAUACUGGAUAACAGCACCCAGAAACUUGGUUUUGUCUCCUGGAGAAGAUGGAACAUUGAUCUGCAGAGCUAAUGGCAACCCAAAGCCUAGUAUAAGCUGGUUAGCAAAUGGUGUUCCCAUAGCAAUUGCUCCAGAAGAUCCUAGCAGAAAGGUGGACGGUGACACCAUUAUUUUCUCACACGUGCAAGAAAGGUCAAGUGCUGUCUAUCAGUGCAAUGCUUCUAAUGAAUAUGGAUACUUGCUAGCAAAUGCGUUUGUGAAUGUUCUGGCUGAGCCACCAAGAAUUCUAACUCCUGCUAAUAAACUGUAUCAAGUCAUUGCAGACAGUCCCGCAUUGCUAGACUGUGCUUAUUUUGGGUCACCUAAGCCUGAAAUUGAAUGGUUUAAGGGAGUGAAAGGUAGCAUCUUGCGUGGAAAUGAGUAUGUUUUCCAUGAUAACGGAACCUUGGAAAUUCCAGUGGCUCAGAAGAAUAGCGCUGGUACAUACACAUGUGUAGCAAGGAAUGAAUUAGGAAAGAUACAAAAUGAGGUGCAGUUGGAAAUUAAAGAUCCAACGAUGAUCAUUAAACAGCCAGAAUACAAAGUGAUUCAGAGAUAUGGCCAGGUUUCUUUUGAGUGUAUAAUAAAACAUGAUUCUACCUUACUACCAACAGUUACAUGGUUGAAGGACAAUGAUGAACUGCCAGAUGAUGAAAGGUUUCUAGUUGGUAAAGACAACUUGACCAUUAUGAAUGUAACUGAUAAAGAUGAUGGAACAUACACUUGCAUAGUUAAUACUACUCUGGACAGCGUUUCAGCAAGUGCUGUGCUUACUGUUGUUGCUGCUCCCCCAACACCAGCUAUCAUUUACGCUCGGCCAAAUCCACCCUUUGACUUGGAAUUGACAGGUCAGCUAGAAAGAAGCAUUGAUCUCUCAUGGAUACCAGGGGAUGAAAACAACAGUCCCAUUACAAGCUUUGUGAUUGAGUACGAAGACGCGCUGCACGAACCAGGAGUGUGGCAUUACCAGACGGAAGUCCCUGGCACUCAGACAACGGUGCAGCUGAAGUUGUCGCCCUAUGUCAACUACUCCUUCCGUGUGAUAGCUGUCAAUAAGAUUGGCAGAAGCCAGCCCAGUGAGCCAUCUGAGCAGUACCUGACAAAAUCUGCAAGCCCUGAUGAAAAUCCUGCUAAUGUACAGGGGAUAGGCUCAGAACCUGAUAAUUUGGUAAUAACAUGGGAGCCUUUAAAAGGUUUUCAGUCUAAUGGACCAGGGCUUCAGUACAAAGUCAGCUGGCGCCAGAAAGAUGUUGAUGAUGAAUGGACAUCUGUUAUAGUUGCAAAUGUAUCUAAAUAUAUUGUGUCUGGUACACCAACUUUUGUUCCAUAUGAAGUUAAAGUACAAGCUUUAAAUGACUUGGGGUAUGCACCAGAGCCAUCAGAGGUGAUUGGACAUUCAGGGGAAGACUUGCCAAUGGUUGCUCCAGGCAAUGUGCAGGUUCAUGUUAUUAACAGCACAUUAGCAAAGGUCCAUUGGGACCCAGUUCCACUGAAAACUGUCCGAGGACACCUUCAAGGGUACAAAGUUUACUACUGGAAAGUGCAGAGUCUGUCCAGAAGGAGUAGACGACAUGUAGAAAAAAAGAUCUUGACUUUCAGGGGAAACAAGACUUUUGGAAUGUUACCAGGGCUGGAGCCCUAUAGUUCUUAUAAGCUGAAUGUUAGAGUUGUUAAUGGUAAAGGAGAAGGACCAGCAAGCCCAGACAAAGCAUUUAAGACCCCUGAAGGAGUUCCUAGUUCACCUUCCUUUCUGAAGAUUACUAACCCAACACUGGACUCUCUGACUCUGGAGUGGGGCUCACCCACCCAUCCAAAUGGUGUUUUGACAUCAUAUACACUGAAGUUUCAGCCAAUCAACAACACACAUGAAUUGGGUCCCUUGGUAGAGAUAAGAAUUCCUGCCAAUGAGAGCAGCUUGAUAUUAAAAAAUUUAAAUUACAGCACCCGGUACAAGUUUUACUUUAACGCACAAACUUCAGUUGGAUCAGGAAGUCAGAUAACUGAGGAAGCAGUAACAAUUAUGGAUGAAGCUGGUAUUCUCCGUCCUGCUGUAGGUGCAGGCAAAGUUCAACCACUUUAUCCAAGGAUCAGAAAUGUUACAACAGCUGCUGCUGAGACCUAUGCCAAUAUCAGUUGGGAGUAUGAGGGACCAGAUCAUGCGAACUUUUAUGUUGAAUAUGGUGUAGCAGGCAGCAAAGAAGAUUGGAAAAAAGAAAUUGUAAAUGGUUCUCGAAGCUUCUUUGUCUUAAAGGGUUUAACACCAGGAACAGCAUAUAAAGUCCGGGUUGGUGCUGAGGGCCUGUCUGGUUUUAGGAGUGCAGAGGAUGUGUUUGAGACAGGUCCAGGUGAGGCGCACUGUACCAUACGGCAGGUAGACAUCGCUACUCAAGGAUGGUUCAUUGGUCUUAUGUGUGCUGUUGCUCUUCUGAUCUUGAUUUUACUGAUUGUGUGCUUCAUAAGGAGGAAUAAGGGUGGCAAGUAUCCAGUGAAGGAAAAGGAGGAUGCACAUGCUGAUCCAGAAAUACAACCGAUGAAGGAAGAUGAUGGAACGUUUGGUGAAUACAGGUCUCUUGAAAGCGAUGCAGAGGACCAUAAACCUCUAAAAAAAGGAAGCCGGACACCUUCAGACAGAACUGUGAAAAAAGAAGACAGUGAUGAUAGUUUAGUUGACUAUGGAGAAGGUGUAAAUGGUCAGUUCAAUGAGGAUGGCUCCUUUAUUGGACAAUAUAGUGGUAAAAAAGAGAAAGAACCUGCAGAAGGAAAUGAAAGCUCUGAGGCUCCUUCUCCUGUAAAUGCCAUGAAUUCAUUUGUGUAACCACAGAACUUGAUCCCCUUGUAUCUCCAGUUUGCUUAAAGCACUUGUACAUCCUCCUUCUCAUACUAUGAGCACGCAAGUAAUGGAGCUCCUCACCAUCAGAUGUUAAUGCUAUGAGAAUAUGCAGGUUAACACCAGUACACAGCAUAAUGACACAGUAAGUGGUAUGUUACUAUGAAUCAAAAUAGAAAAUUCAAAUUUUGUUCAAAACUUGGGUAUUUAUACUUUUUUUUAAAGGAACUGACACAAACGGUAACAUCAGCUUGUAAUUUUGUUUCCUGUUGAAAAUACAGUAUAAUGCAUGGAAAAAAAACCCCCUACACAACUCACAGGUAAUCUUGUGUACACUAUAAAGACAUGGUUUGACAAUUUGUUAUGCAGUCCUCAGCUGAAUCCCUGGAUAUGAAUUCCGUUCUCAAUGUCAGAGUGUUAUAGUAGUAUUAUAUAGAACUUCAAUGUCUUUGUGGACAUUGUUGUGAAAUUGGUGACUUAAUGUCUAGCUAUCAUGUCUUUUUGCAAGACAGUUAGGAACAGUAUGUACAGUAUAUAAAUGCUAAAUGAUUUAAGUAUGACACUUGCAUUUGCUGAUGCUUAAUGAGACCCUAUUAUCUGCUCUUUGCUCCUAUUACUUUAUAGCCUUUUUAAUCUAUCAAGUAUUACAGCAGUACAGUGUUCUAUUUUUACAUCAAAACAUAUUGAAUUGAUUUUAGGGCAUAAAAGAUAUGCAUUGCAAUGCAUUUUGGAAUUUGUACAGUCACUGAAAGAAAAACUUUAAAAAUUAAGGAAAAUAUUCCAGAAAACACAGGGCAACGUACAUUCAGUGCCUUCAUACAAUAUGCAUUCCGUAAUGUGCUGUACUACUAAAUCAGUUGGUGCAGUAAACUGUGAUUAGCAGACUGUCAUUGCCAAAUAAAGGAAAAAUGUGAAGAAAAAGAAGUGUUAUGAAACUGUUGUGCUAAAAGUGGAAAGUUUAAAAUAUUUUAAAUUACAUAAAGAAGAGUAUGAUUUUUUUCCCUUUAAAAAAAGCUUCAUACGCAGUUACAGCACAACAUGUUUUCAUGGCCUUAGAAUACUUAAAAAUGAAAACAAACAAACAAAAAAAAAUCCCAAAACACAACCAGAGUUAAAUUAUUUACUAACACAGCAAGGUGUAAGCUCUUGUAAAAUAAAUCAUUAAAAACCAAACCAGCUGACUCCAUCGGUGAGAGCGCAUUUCUCUCUGUGUUCCAGCCUGAUCAGUGUGGCAGCUUUGUAAUUAUCUCCAGCCUGAAGCAGUGUGGGGGUUACCACUAAGAACCACAGCAUUCCAUCUGACAAGUGCUAAUACGGUUUUUUGGUAAAGGAUUACCCUUAUCGGUUACAAAAUUAUUUUCUCGCAUACUAAAUCAAAUGUUUACCUCCAAAUAUAAAUUCUUAUAACAACCUAUGGUUGAAGGAAUGCUCAGUUUCAUUUGCCAAUAAAUUGGUUUUUCAUAACUUGCAUCAAGUUUAAUUUUAAGUAAGCUUUUUAUAUGUAGAUAUUUUGUUGAAUUUGUAAAUACACUUAAAGCGUAGAUGCUAUAUGCUUCUAGGUGUUCCAGACAAAUAAACCAAGAAAGCUCAUGUUGUACUGUGUAAGAAGAUCUAUAGCCAAUGGUGUGCAUGGUAUUUUAAAGCAUCUACUUAAUUUUUCUUUUCUUUUUUUUUUUUUUUUUUUUUUUUUUUUUUUUUGCUGUGAAAAUAAAAUAGCGAUCUGCUCAUUUACUGCAGAUCUGCAGAUUCCAGCUGAACCAUUCAGAGCUUUUGCCAGUGCACUACAUUAGCCCAUAGGACACCUUGCAGCUUCCAUGUAUAUAUUGUAGGUAAAGCACAACUGAAGUAAUCCCAAAUGUAACCCAGCUGUAAUAAGCUUCUUUCGCACCUUUGAGCUUUCCACUGGUCAGUUUUUUUAAUGGGAACUCAAAUACAAAAUGAAUUAUAUGAACACUGAUUACAAAGCACAAAGAGAACAUUUCUUCACAGGAUUUGCCAAUGGUUUUGGUAAAAAAAGAAAUAUCAUUUUACUCUUAUUUAAUUGUAGAUGCUGAAUUAUCUGUGCAUGUGGGGGUAAACAUACAGGCUCACUUCUGUAAUAGUGCAACGGAUUUUGUAUUAAAAAUAAAUGUGGUUUUAAAAUUUCA